AUGUCGGAACCGUCCAACUCUGCGCCGUCAUCGUCAGUGGCGCCUACGGCGCCACGGGCGGACAUGAUUCAGAGUGCUGUCUCGUUCCUCGCUGAUCCCAAGGUGCAAAGCUCGCCGAUUUCUCAGCGUAUUAGCUUCCUAGAAUCCAAGGGGCUUACGCAGCAAGAAAUUGACCUGGCGAUGGGCCAAGUGGGUCGUGCUGUGGCUGGUCCGAUGGGCUCCACGUCGGCCCAGGGACCGUAUAUGCAACCAUACCCGAUGAUGCCGGCGUACCCACCGACGAAGCCCCAGCGCGACUGGCGCGACUGGUUUAUUAUGGCGGUCGUCUCUGGUACGGUCGGUUAUGGCGUGAUUUCGCUGGCUCGCAGGUACCUGUACCCCCACCUGCAGCCGCCGAACCAAACUGCGCUCGAGGAAGAGCGUGAUGCACUUACGGCCAAGUACGACGAAGUGGCCUUGCACCUGGAAGAAUUGGAGCAGACCACAGAGGCAAUGAGCAAGGGCCUUGCCGAGCAGCAGUCGGCCAUUGAAGAGAGCGUGCGUGGUGUCAACGAUAUGGUGGCCGAGUCGCGUGCGCGUGAAGAGCAGCGUGACAAAGAUCUCGACCAAAUGAAGAAAGACAUUGAGGAGAUGCGUGACGAGUUUGCCGGCAUGUUUGAUCGCUCACGCAAGACGCAGCAGUCUGCGUUGGCUGAUCUGCAGACGGAGCUCAAGUCGCUGCGCUCGCUCCUGGUCUCCCGCGGCGGUCUUUCGACGCCGACGCCGGGCGUGACGACGCCGCCUACAGCUAGCGCAAGCGAUGGGAAGAACGCGGCGAACGACGCGGCUGCAUCGACGCCGCCUGCCCGGCCCGCCCCUACGAUUCCCGCUUGGCAGCUAGCUGACUCGACAGAUGAUUAA